UGCGAGGAGGGCUUCCUCUUCUGCUGGCUGAGUAGAGAUGGGUUCGGCGAUGAAGUGCGUCUUGCUCCUCUUCUCUGUCUCCCUUGUGCUCCUUCUGCUCAACUUUGAGGUCCUGGAGGGGGCUCUCCGUCUAGCAGGCCGCCGCGACAGGGAGGUUGGUGUUGCGGUGGUAACCCUUGAUGUCGGUUCCAGUUCUCUCUCUAGGUUCAGGAUGUUGAUGGGCUUGAGUCAUCAUCGGUCGCGACACCGGAGGCAUCAACAAAGUUCAGAUGCUCCAGCUCCAGCUCCAGCUCCGGCACCAGCACCAGCACCAGCGUUGGCUCAUGAAGUGACAUCAGCAGCUCCUGCUCCUGUUCCCUAUAUGAAGCACAGAAGAAUGCCACUCAAAAGCCACAAUCACAUUGCCCCGGCAAGAAGCGUGGCACGCAAAUUGGGAGGUGGAGGUCAAAGCAGGCUUCCGAAAGCUGUCAUUGUUGCCCUGGCUGUGAUUGGAGCAUGUCUACUUGUGCUUGGAGUCACCAUAGCAGCAGUCUCAGUCAGGAGAUCGAAGAAGUUUCGGAAGGGCUGUUCAAAACCAUUCAAAGUAUUUUGCAAUGGAUCAAGGGCUCAAAGGUCACCUUGUGCUACCAGGAAGGUUAGUUCCCAUCCUAGCCCAGAUCUGCUUUACCUAAGUUCUGUUGUGCAAUGCCAAGAGAACUAUCCAAUCCACAAAGAAUCUUCAGAAUCUAAGAGCUUAUCCAUUCUUACCACUCCCGCAGAAUUAAUCGUAAGUGAUUAUACUGUGAAAAACAACAGCAACUUGCAGUCUGAUGAAGCCGAGUCUUUCCACUCCGUACCUUGUUCCCGUUCAUCAAGUGGCUCAAUUACAGAGUUACCACUGAAACUUUGUGAUAAAAGUUUGACAGACCCAUCUCCCUCUUCUCCACACGUGGAUAACUCACCAUCUGGUUCAUCAUAUCAGUCACUUUCACCAGAUUUUGAAUCUCACUUCUCUCCAAAGAGUCUGACUUUCACCGCUCCCACAACUUUCCGUGAGUGUAACACUUUGCACUGUUUCCCAGAAAAAUCAGAUGCAGAGAGAAUUGAAGUAAACUAUCAAGAGACAGCAAAAACAAUUGCUGCUUCUGAAUCAAUGGCACAUCCUGAAGCUCCAAAAGUAGGCCAACUCAAUUCAAAGUUCAAGAAACCACCAUCUGAACACAAUUCUACUUGCCAUUAUACAGAUACCGCACCCUCCAGAACAAACGCAACAUUCAGUGUGUCAAACGCAGAAGUCAAUUUGGAUUCUAAGAAAUCCUCAAAGAGUUCAGCUGAAGGGCAAAAUUUCCAAUCGUCCUGUGCAACGAAUGUACCAAAAUCUCCAGCGCCACCUCCACCACCAAAAAAACCUCCUCCAAUUUUCAAAGGACAGAACUCUGGCCAGCCUCCACUCCCACCUCCAUUACCACUUCCGCUACAAGUAGGUAAAGACGGGUUACCCCUUCCAAGGUUGAAACCUUUGCACUGGGACAAAGUAAGGGCAGCUCCAAACCGCACUAUGGUGUGGAAUGACAUUCAAUCAAGUUCCUUCGAGUUUGAGUUUGAUGAGCAGAUGAUCAAGUCUUUGUUUGCAUACAACUUUCAAGGCCCAGCAAAAAAUGAGGACGCCAAGAGCAAGACUCUAUCUACCAGCAAACAUGUUAUUGAACAUCACAAACUUCAAAAUACUACCAUAUUGUUGAAGGCUUUAAAUGCUAGCACCGAACAAGUUUGCAGUUCUAUAACGAAAGGUACUGGAUUAUCUGUGCAACAACUGGAAGCACUGGUCAAGAUGAAACCAACCAAGGAAGAGGAGGAAAAAUUACUGGAUUAUGAUGGGGACAUCAACAUGUUGGAUCCAGCGGAGAACUUUGUCAAGGCGCUACUAAUCAUACCAGUGGCUUUUUCAAGAAUUGAGACAAUGCUGUACAAGGAAACUUUUGAUGAUGAAGUUGCUCAUCUUAGAAUGUCCUUUUCAAUGCUUAAUGGAGCCUGCAGUGAGCUCAGGUCCAGCAAACUAUUCUUCAGAUUACUUGAAGCAGUACUCAAGACAGGAAACAGGAUGAAUGUUGGAACAAUAAGAGGGGGCGCAAGUGCUUUUAGACUGGACGCACUGCUGAAACUGGCAGAUAUACGUGGAGCUGAUGGGAAAACAACCCUCCUGCACUUUGUUGUUCAAGAGAUGGCUCGAUCACAAGGAUUAAAAGCUUUGGAUAAGCUCAAUGAAACACCCAAAUCUUGUCAUGCCACACCAACAGAACGCGAAGAGUAUUGGGAAAUGGGUACAGAAUUCGUGUCUGAGUUAUGUAACGAGCUUGGCAACGUCAAGAAGGUAGCAAGCAUAGACUUGGAUACCCUGAAAAGCUCAAUCUCAAAUCUAUCACAUGGGCUGGCUCAACUGAGAAAGCUAGUUGAGGACCUUUCCAGCAGUGACAAGAACCAAAACUUCCUGCAGUGCAUGACAUCAUUCCAAGCUUAUGCAGAGAAUACCAUGCACGAACUCAAAGUUGGAGAAGCUCAGGUCCUACUGCGUGUCAGGGAACUCACAGAGUAUUAUCAUGGAGAGGUUAGCAAGGAUGAGUCCAACUUGCUCCACAUAUUUGUCAUCAUGAGAGAUUUUCUUGGUUUGCUGGAUAGGGUGUGCCGAGAGAUGAGGGCCUCAAAGCACAAUCAACCUCUGAACCUAGUCCUCCCCCUCAGGUGAAUAGUUUUCUGUCCAGACUUCAGAUCAACCAAUUGAAGUUAACGAAAUGAUGUUUGUGUGACUGUGUGUAUAGUUAUCUUAGCUUGAGAUCAGUUGGCACUGA